AGGGGGGGAGGGGGGAGGAGGCGGCGAGGAGCGGCAGGAGGGAAGAUGCGGACGGAGGAGGAGAGGGCCGCCGCACAAGAGCCCAUCUUGGAGGAAGGCUCAGGACGAGAGCAGCAACGGCCGAUCCAGCAGUCGGUGGCGUCGUCCCUGUGCCGGGAGUCCCACUGGAAGUGCCUCCUCCUGACCCUCCUGAUGUACGGCUGCUUCGCCACGCUCAUCUGGUGCGCCCUGUGCCGCGUGCCCGUGCUCAGCUCCUCGCCGGUGCGCGUGGCCGCCGCCGACGGCAACUCCACCUCGGCCGCCUACUACAACGACGUCCGACGCUUGGAGAGUCCGUGCUCCAGCGGCUACCUCUACAUCCCGCUGGCCUUCCUGGGAAUGCUUUACGUGGUCUACCUGGUGGAGUGUUGGCACUGCUUCUCCAAGACAGCCGUGUUGGCUCACGCCGAAUUCCAGGACGUGUACGAGCGCGUGCAGCGGCUCCAGCAGGCCACGCCCUGCAUUUGGUGGAAGGCCAUCAGCUACCAUUACGUGAGGAGGACCAGGCAGGUGACGAGAUAUCGCAACGGAGAUGCGUACACCACCACACAGGUCUACCACGAACGGGUCAACACUCACGCCUCCAGCUCGGAGUUUGACUACGCCCGCUACGGCGUCAAAGACGUGUCCAAGGAGCUGCUGGACCUGCAGCUGCACUCGGCGGUUCGACUCCGCUUCACCAAGUGCUUCAGCUUCUCCAGCGCACGUGCUGAGGCCGCCUAUCUCACCCAGCGAGCACGCUUCUUCGGCGAGAACGAGGGCCUGGACGACUACAUGGAGGCCCGGGAGGGCAUGCACCUGAAGAACGUGGAUUUCCGCGAACAUAUCCUGGCCUUCCCGGACCCCGCUCGCCAGCCGUGGUUUUCCAGGUACCGAGUGUUCUGGCUGGCCUCGGCUUUCCUGCUGUCGUGGCCGCUGCGGGUGGUGUCCGAGUACCGCACGGCCUACGUGCACUACCACGUGGAGAAGCUGUUCGGCGAGGACGAGGAUCUCGGCGGGGGAGGCGUUUGCGGCGGCGGUGGGCCGGGAGUGGGCGGGAGGGGAGAAGCGGGGACUGCGAACGGAGGAGCGGGGAUGGGUCUGAACGGGUCCAGCUACAGAGCCAUCUCCCGGGUCAACACGGUGGACAUGACCGAACUGGAGUGGCACAUCCGCUGUAACCAGCAGAUGGUUCCCAGCUACUCCGAGGCAAUCCUCAUGGACUUGGACACGAGCGGGGGGACGAACCCCGCCGCUUACACGCCCGUGUCCGGGCCCCCGGGCGUCGUCCCCGACCCGGAGGGGACCCGCCCUCCCCCGGCCCUGCCUGCGGCGUUCAACUCGACGUACCUCCUCCAGAACUGCCCCCGAUGUCGAAGGACCACAUCCAGCUCCAGUCUGCCCUCCCGACUGAGGGCGCCCACGGGAACCGCGGCCCUCCUCAACGCUACCGUGGCGGGCUUGAGGGCGGCCGGGCACGGCGGGGGGAUCGGGGGCCGGCUGGUGCUCAGUCGAAGCGGAUUCUCCUUGGGGAGGCUCGGAGGAGGGAGACGGAACAGCCUGCUGCAUUCACGUAGCGUGGGCGGAGGCUUGGCGGGAAGUCGGGAGGAUGGGCCAGGAAGCGGAGCGGGCGCGGGGGGGUUCCUGGGGUUGGGAUCCAGGCAGGUCGACGACGAGGAGACCCGAGGUGUGCUGGAGGGAGAAGGGGAUGAGGACGAGGACGAGGACGUGGAGGAAAGGAGAGGGGAGGGUGGAGGCGGAGACGGGGACGAAGAGGCCGCCGAGCGAGACGGAGGCGCGGGGGAGAGGGAUCGGCCGCCUUCUUACCAGGAUGCCUUCUUCUUCCCUGUGCUGAUCAUCCACGGAGACGAGAGCUGCCACGCCGGGGACCGUCUCUGAACCUCCAAAACGCUUUGGAAUGAACCCCGGCUGUGUUUGGAAUCGUUCGCUCUUUUCCCACUCAGCAAACAUGAAACAGUGUCAACUUGACGUUCCGUGACCGCGCUCAUAUCGCAGAACACAAAUCGUCUUUCCCUGUUGAAAUGGAAAUUCCAUUCAACUUUUCCAUCCUCCCAUAAUACAGCAAACAUUUUUGUAACGUGAAUGUAAGACGGCGAUCAGAACUGCUCAGUAAGCUGCAGGAAAUUUUGUGGAUUUAGAAUCCAUGCCUGUCACUAUUGUCCUGUUGACGUUUGCGUUUGGUGCGGAAAGAGCUAUAACACUGCGACAUCUGUGGCAUUUUGCUUUGCUCAGAGUUACACCUCAAAGUCUCUUUAUUAAAGAAUUGUUAACUUCCGCGGCCACCGUCUGGCACUCGUAACUGAAAUUUAGGCAAAAAUCGGUUGAGCGAUGGUUUGCAUCGCAAAAAACUCCGCUCACUUGUAAGUCGAGCGGCCACUGGAUAUUUAGUACCUGCAAAGUGCUUAGCGACGGAGCGGAAUGAUUCCAAACGCAGCGGCUACGUUUGGAGUUAUUCAGCUCGUUCCCGCCUCCCGAACCACAAAACGGGAAUUUGUAUAUGCGGACUGCAGUGCGAUGAGCAAAAAGCCACAAACAAUUGACGCCCACCCAAAGAGUUCUGUAGUUGCCUACAGAUGCCACAGGAUGGCAGCAAAGCAAUUUUGUUUCUCUUGAACAAGGCUAUGGCCUCCCCCUUACUUGAACAUGGCACCAAAGCAAUACUUUUAUAUUUGGCACGGCUUUCGCCUGAGUACGAGAGGGCUUUCAGCGAAUAACGUAGGAGAGUUUACCCCCCAAAAUUUGCAAACGAGAGGGUUCACUGUGUCGCUUUUCUUGUGCUGGUCGCUUGUUUUCUACUGGUGUGUACAUCGAGGGUUCUGGAGAGGGGCCAACGUCUACUUGCUCUACAUUCAAACACUGCACUACAAAAUGGCCAACUCACUUUAUAAGGCACUAUAUAGUAAAUACAGAGCGAUUCCAGACACAGCCAGAGUGAGGCAAGACAGGAGAUCUCACUUUGAGAAAUAUCUAUGCAAGAACAGGAGUAGGGAGGGAACCACAACUAACGUCCAGCUGGCCAUCAUAUCUGAAGUCCGGUUCUUCCACACCAAACUCAUCAAGACAUGCCUUGAUGUACCUCGCAUCGUGCACUGAUGGAACACAAAAGCGUCUUCUGCCCUUAAAGGAGCACCGACGGUUCUCAUCUCCAUUACGCGCUAGAUCAAGGUGAGGAAAAAUCUGUCAUACAAUUUGGUGCUGAUCCAUCCAUCCAUCCAUCCAUCCAUUUUCUCGACCGCUUCUGCUCACUGGGGUCGCGGGCUGCCGGAGCCUAUCUCAGCUAGAGAUAGCCGGGACAGGCGGGGUCCACCCUGAACCGGUCGCCAGCCAAUCGCAGGGCACUGGUGCCGUUUCCCACUCGUUUUUGUUUUGUUUCGUUUCGCAAACCUAAAAACAAGUGCUGAGGAGGAUGUCAAUAACUCCUCUUCGUCCUCCUCCUCCGCCUCUGCGCUGCAAAGAAGAAGCCAUGCUGCUUGCCACAUCAGCACGCCAAGUACAACUGGCAAACAAAUGUCGCUCAAGAAGAGCAAAGGUGGCGUCCGUUUCGUUCUGGUCGAGGGGAGACUGGAACGGGGUCAGCUCCCUGGCCUACUUCUUAGUCCUCAAUUUGGAGGAAAGCCAGCAAAGGAGCAGCCUCGUCUGCCGCGCACUUUGGAUGGACACGCCCACGCGGAUGCAAAGCACACACACACACACACACACAAACCUGUGAAACGGCGUGUGCAAAAGGAGACAUUGGAUAAUAUACAGAAUAAAUGAAGAGGAGCUGCACAAAGGACUCAAUCCAGGGAAGAAAUAUGAAAAGACCCCCCCCCCCCCCCCGUCCACACAAAAUAAAAACAAACUCUUUUUCUUAGGAUUUGAUUGUACCGACGGAGAGCACUUAUUCACUGUAAUACACUGUUUUAUCUCUCAUCAAUUGUGUGCAUCUGCUGUAAGCACUUCAAGUCAACCGUGUUUUAACAUUGAAAAACAUGGAGUCACUCAGUCAGUGUGCGUAUGCGUGUGCGUGCGCUACUUUUCUAUUUCACAGCAGUGUCGAGGUGGCCUUUGGAAGUGUCCCCCGGAAAUGUCCUCCCACGUUGCCUUCGUCUCUGCCACUGCUUCAUUUGGGCGACAUCUGCUUCCGUGUUCGACACCCGAAAGGCCAGAAAAGUGGAGGCGCAGUGCAUCCGGACAGUCGCAUGACGAGGGAUGUUUAGAGGCUCGAUCACAAAUAUUUCAUGAUUUGACGCAGAUCAGGACACUGGUGGAAGGGGAGCUAUGGUCGCUAGAGGGCAGCAAAACUCCAUAAUGCACUUUUCAGGGGCGUGACAAAUGGGACACCGUUUGAGCGUUUAUUGAAUGUCCUUGACUUUCAGCAUUAAAUCGGUAUACUGGUACCAGUUUUGUCCUCACUAGCAGACCGACUAGGGUGCACUAGUGGAACAGGUUUCGGCCUACUAGUUUGAAUUCAAGCUGGUUAUCAAGGAUGUGCAAGUACAGUGAUGCCUUGAAUGAAUGUGUUCCGUGACAACGCGUGUCGCAGAGAAAGCGAAUGCCAUUCGUGCAAUCCAGCCUCCUGAAAUAAAUGAACAGAACAUUUUGGAAUACCUUUUCGAUUCAAAAAAAUAUAUACUCAUAAUAUUGUACUUUAUAAACGCGUACAGUGAGGACAUCAAUAGAAGGUAAAAAAAAAAAACAAAAAAAACGACUUUUUGCUUCUAUUCAGUGGACAGUGAUGCUCCUUCUGAUGUGCGCGCCUCGGCCACCUGGGGGCAGUAUAAUACAAAUAUAUGCAUGUACAUGGAGCCGGUCAAAACUCCUCAGUAAGCUGCAGUAAUAUUGGUCCGCGACAUCGAUGCUAUUCGUUAGCCCUUUUUUGGUGUUUUGCAUUGUUUGUUAGCUUUAAGCUAAAGGGAUUUUUCUAGAGCAAAGCGAAAUGCUUGCUUUGGGCACACAGUGUGUAAUUUGGACAGUAAACUUGAACUGGGAGUGGCAAUAUACAGCCUGAGUUGUUCACAGUCUGCAAAAGUGCCGCUUGUCGUGAAGUUGAGUUCACUGCCACCAUACGGCGCUCGUAUCUCAAGUUUUUGCUCACAAAUCUCCGCAGAAAAAUCAUCUUGUAUCUGAAAAAAACAACAACAACCGUCCGUGUAUGUCGGGUCGCUCGUAUCUCAAGGCACUACUGUAUUCCUCAAAUGGCUUUUUGUUGAGAUCCAUCAUAAGGUCCAUGUACUCGUGAACUCUUUGUCCUCACCAGAAGUAGGAAAACUUUGGCAUACUAGUCGGACAACUUCAUGUUACUCGUACUACUAGUGACAUCAAAUUCUACUAGCACUUCAGCAGUAGCGCAAUGUUAAGUAGUGCAUAGUUUCGCACACAGUGUUGCUGAAGAAGGUCGUUUGUCUUUGGCAGCUGAUCAAUACCAAGAAAAAAGCACUGUGACGUCACUGAAGCGAAAGAACAAUACGGCGGGUCUGACGGAAAUAGCAAUCAACGCCUUCUUCAAAGCGCUAGCCGGUUUCUACCGUCGGUUCGAAUCAAUCCCAUCAACCGUUUGUUUUUUUUUUACGAUGCCGAACGAGACUGCCGCCGUGUGACCGAUGUGAGCUUCGCACAUUGUAAAGACACAAGGAGCGAUUCGUUGCGGGUGGCGGUCGGAUGCAAGCACAUCGACUGCAGCAAUUUGCAAGGACCACUGCCUUUCUUGUGCUCAAUGUUCCUCAAGCAAAUUGUUGUC